AUGUUGGCCAGACUCUCUAGAUUCUCCAAAAAUCUAACACAAGUUCGAAAUAUUAAUGCUGCAACCCCACCACCAAGUCCAGCCAGCUCCGAAGGUCUUUAUGAACCGUUGAUUGAGGACAAACGGAAAUAUCCAACGUAUGAACAAGUGAAUAUACGUUUACAAGGCUUUGACUAUGCUUCGUUAGAACGAUAUCAACGUUUUAUUCACACUAUGGCCAAGAAUUUUCAGUUCAAAGUGGAUGAAAGGUGAGUUUUCGCUUUUGGUGGGGAUCGAACCUGGAUGGUUUGGGGUGUUAGAUUUGGGAAACCCACUGAACUAUGUGAGCACGGUAGGCAGUUUUAAGGAAAAAUCGGAGGAUUUUUGAUAAAAAAUAGGGUAAAAUGGAUAGGAAAACCCUGGCAAAUCAUAGAAAAAUAUUUUUUAUUACCUAAAAUUCCAUUUCCAUAAAUUCAGCUAUGCCGUCUCCUCAACAUCCGAGCGAAUCACAACCCUGAAGCCAAACUCCACCAUCGUGGAUUCAGAACUCGAGCUACACACCUACGAUCGAUGGCUACGAAUGUCUUCAGUCUCGGCUGUCCGUCUACAACUGUUCAUCAAUUUUGUUCAAGCCCAUCUACCAUCCGGAGUCAAGUUAACGGCCAAAGUUCACGAGAAGGCGGACGAAAACUACAGAUACAUCCCUGACCUACUUCUGAAGUCCAGACAAGAUGAACUGAAGAGCUUGGACGACCCACAAGUUCGCAGGAACUUGGGAUGGGAAUAA